UAUAAUGACUGUGUUCAUGAUCAUCCUCAUAAAGACUAGCCUACAUGUGAAAAUCACAUGUACAGCGCAGCAGGCAGUGUGAGAGCCUAUUUCUUAUCGCCAUUGCACAAGGACGUAUGUUGCCUAUUUCUCUUUGAUGAAUAUGAUUCACGAUGCAGCUAGCCUACUGAAUGUUGGGAUGUAGUGGGAGGAACCGACAAGACAUGUUGACAAUAUUGAAAAUGGGGAAAAAGUUCUUUGUCGUUAUCCUGCCUCUGAGUAUUAUUUGUUUUCUCAUACACUUUCUGGUGAAGCCCAUCCCCCAAAUGUUUAACUUCUUGGAAAAGUAUCCACCUUUUGGAGCAUCUGAAGACUUCCCCUAUUCUAAAAAUGUCUAUCUUUGGACAUCGACCACUUCCAACUUAAGCUCUGCAAAUGGGAUUAAUGACACUUUCAUUGAUCCAGAUGAAUGGCUGGCCCUGAUGACAGAAAUCAAAUGGCCCCACCCAGCUCAAAUCCCAACUACAGCAGAUGUAGCCACCGACCCAGCUCAAUGCUCAUGCACUGUGACCAAUCCUGAUGCAACCCAUCGAGUAGGAGACUAUGUGACUGUUGAAGUCUUUACAAGGGAUGCCAAGGGAAGGCCAAAAACCUAUGGGGGUGACUUCUUUCAGGCAAAGCUUUAUAAUACUGAGCUGAAGGCUAGUACAUUUGGCCAAGUGACUGACCACCGCAACGGCACGUACACCAUUCAAUUAGCCUUACUGUGGCCUGGCACAGCAACAGUCUCUGUGCGUCUGAUCCAUUCCAGCGAAGCAGUCCAUGUCCUGGCCAGGCAAAGAGACCAGGACCCGGACAAGGUUUACUUCCUUGGGUACUUCAGAGGGAAAGGCCUUCAAGAGACUGUGCAUUGCAAUGCCCAGAAGAGUGCCAGGCUCAUAGGAGAUGGUAACAACUGCUGCUGUAUAUUCUCUGACCCGCUGACGGAGGAGACAUGGAUCUGUCGCAAGCCAACCAAGCUGCCCUGCAGUGCCUGGAUUGAGCACAGCUUUGGGGGAUACCAGGCCAGGCUCUCGGGGUUGGAGUCAAGCCUUCUUAGCAGGACUUCAACUGACAUUACACUACCAGGAUGUAAUAUUGUCCUUAAUGUUCAACAGCAGACCUUGAAAACAUCACACAAAGGAAAGUGUUCACCAGGUUUGGACACUCCUGUUCCUGCUGGGUUUUUUCUCCAGGAUAAAUGGAUGUCUUUGGUUUGUGAAACUCGGUCGUUCCCCUCGGCGGAACAAGUUUCUGCAUGCAUGAAGGACAAACACGUUCUGAUGAUGGGAGACUCGACGCUGCGUCAGUGGUUUGAAUACCUCCUACAAAUAGUGCCAACCUUGAAGAAGCUGAACUUCUUCACCUCCCAGAAGUCGGGCCCCUUUGAGGCGGUGGACGUGACGAGCAACAUUCUUCUUGAGUGGCGAGCCCAUGGCCUUCCUCUGCGCACGGACAAGACUCCCCGCGCCGACUUGCACUACAUUGCGAGUGAACUGGAGCGCCUGCCAGGGGGGGAGCACACCGUGGUGGUCUUCACCAUAUGGGCCCACUUCACCACCCACCCGCUGAGCACCUACAUCCGGCGCCUGUCCAGCAUUCGCCGGGCGGUGGUCUCUCUACUCCAGCGCUCCCUCGGUCGCACCCUGGUCGUCAUCAAGUCGGCCAACACGGGGUACAAGGACGUGUACGGCAGCGACUGGCUGAGCUGGCAGCUCGACUGCGUGCUUCGAGCCAUGUUCCGGAACCUUCCUGUGGUCAUCCUCGAUGUAUGGCAGAUGACCUCAUGUCACUAUGCGCCAGACAAUAUUCACCCUUCAAGUGUGGUGGUGAGAAACGAGGUGGAGCUUUUUCUAUCAUUUGUGUGCCCAAACCAUUAGUGAGAGAGAGAGAAAGAAUUCUCUAGAAGUGCAUAUGUUCUCAAGGUGUGUGGUGGGUAAUAUCUUUGUGUGAGUAGUUAAAGUGUGAGUGAGUAAACUCAUUGUGGUUAAUGUUCCAUUUAAAAUGCAUCCUUGUUCCUUGUUCCUCUCACUUAAUGUUUUUCUAAAUUUCUGUUAUCGCUUCGUUGUCCAUAUGUUAUGUAGGAAUGUUCUUAUGUGCUCUUAUGUAGGAAUGUUCUUAUGCGUGUCGUAACCCUCUGAGACUUUUCCCUGAAUUGUCAUCAGCUGUCCUGCUGCCAAUCAAAUGACUGUUUCAGUUGCAUGGAACGGAGGGGCUCAGGGUCAGCUCUCUGUUUUGUUAAAACUUCCAAACGUCAAGAGAAGUGGCAUCGCCCAACCAUGCUUAGAGAACCUCAAGGAAACAGAAGAGGCUAGAGAGAAUCACAGGAUUAUGGCCUAAGGGUGUUCAUCCUCUCUCUCCCGACAUGCGAGCGCUCUCACAGGACCACAGCCUAGGGGUGUACGGUUUGUCUGUCCCGACAUACCAGGUCCCUCCACUGUCAGCCUUCCCAACUGGGAUGGCCUCCCUCUGAGGGGACUCGGUGGCCACAUUAGCUUAUUUCAACAUCUCAGGGACUUCCUCAUUUCCUCAGACUUUUUUUCUCCACUCUCCACCCUCCAUGUUUUGUUUUUUUUCCCCACCCUCUGAGAGCUUUUGUUUUUUCUGGGUGGGUGCGAAUGCUGGGGAGGUCCAUUGUCUCCUAAUCAUCUCUCUAUAGCACCAAAGACAGCCGAGAAGCUGAGCCACAGUGUGCUGGGUGUGGGCAAACAGAACAUGAGUUUACCUUGUGUUUGUCUUUCAUUAUGUCCGUCAACGUGUGCACUGAGUGAAUGUGUGUGUGUGUGUGUGUGUGUGUGU